AUGACUGAUGUUGGCCCUUCGUUACCUCUCUCGGCCAACGACGUAGCUGGUACAUCUGAGGAUGAAACUCAUGUCUCUGCCCGCCGUGAGUCUGGCUCGCGCGUCGAUCUACCUCCUCCCCCACCAUUGGUUGAGCGCCAGGCACAGGUGGCCCACCCCUACACGGCCAGCCAAGAUACUUCGUUGGUACCUAGUCCCGAGCCCCAGAAGUGGUUGUUGCCAUCUGUGAGACCGGAACACAAGGGCAGGAAAUGCCUAAUCCUGGAUCUGGAUGAGACUCUUGUUCACAGCAGUUUCAAGGUUACAGACUUUACUAUCCCUGUGGAAAUAGAAGGGACAUACCAUAAUGUCUAUGUUAUCAAAAGACCAGGUGUCGACGCAUUCAUGAAGAGGGUGGGAGAGCUGUAUGAGGUCGUCGUGUUCACCGCUUCGGUUUCGAAGUAUGGUGAUCCGCUUCUCGACCAACUAGACAUUCAUGGCGUGGUACAUCACAGAUUGUUCCGCGAGAGCUGCUACAACCACCAGGGCAACUACGUCAAGGAUCUCUCGCAAGUUGGCCGCGACCUCAAGGAAACUAUCAUCAUUGACAACUCACCUACCUCGUACAUUUUCCAUCCUCAGCACGCCGUGCCCAUCAGCAGUUGGUUCUCGGACGCUCAUGACAACGAACUUCUGGACCUUAUCCCGGUGCUGGAAGAUCUUGCAGGAUCACAAGUCAGUGAUGUCAGCCUAGUGCUCGACGUGGCACUGUAA